UUCUUUUUCCCCAUUAGGAGAUCUGUUCUUCACCUCGAUUAUUUUCAGACAAUCAACAUGAGUGGCAGGUCAAGCAAGGGAUGCUGGGAGAUUGCUGGUUUCUCUGUGCAUGUGCUGCUUUGCAGAAGAAUAAAUACCUGCUAGCCAAGGUUAUACCUCCAGGUCAGCCCAGUUGGAGGGAUAAGAAAUAUAGAGGAUGUUUCACUUGUCGUGUCUGGCAGUUUGGACACUGGGUGGAGGUCACCAUAGAUGAUUGCCUGCCUUGUCUUGGGGGCAAACUCUGUUUCUCCCAGUGCCAGACAGAAGAUGUGUUUUGGCUUCCCCUGCUGGAGAAAGCUUAUGCCAAGGUUCAUGGAUCUUACGAGCAGCUCUGGGCAGGCCAGGUUGCUGACGCCCUCGUUGACCUGACCGGAGGCCUGGCGGAACGCUGGUCCCUGAAAGACCUGAGCCAAAACACUGAACGAGAGAGGGCGGGCAAAGUCUUGGAGAAGGCAGUGUUCAGGCGGUUGAUGAACCUGAAGGAGAAAUGCGUGAUGAGUUGCUCGGUCUUUAGCUCACGGCAAGGGACCAGCCAGCUGGGGGAGUUCCACGCCUUCAUUGUUGUCGACAUGCAAGACCUUUCCAAGGUGUCCAGGAAAGAGACUGUCCUGCUGCGGAUCCGGAAUCCCUGGGGGAGGCGCUGCUGGAAAGGGCCCUGGAGGGAGGGAGGUCCAGGAUGGAAUCAGCUGGAUCCUGUGGUGGCUGCUGAACUUUUGUCCCAGAUACAGGAAGGAGACUUUUGGGCUGAAGAAGAGGAAUUUUUCACGGAAUUUGAUGAGGUCAUCACCGGUUACCCAGUCACGGAAGAAGGGCAACUUCAGAGCCUUUACACUGACAGAGUGCUGAGCCACACACAGAAACUGUACGGAUCCUGGGUGCGGGGACAGUCUGCAGGGGGUUGCCGUAACAACAGCACCUUCCCAACGAACCCCAAAUUCUGGCUGAGAGUCUGUGAGCAGAGCGAGGUGUGCAUCGCCCUCCUACAGAAACCCCGAAAGCACAGCACAGAUUGGGCUGGCAGAAUUCGGUCCUGGCCUCGCUUCCUGGAGGCGGAGCCUUCCUUGGUGGAUGGCGUCCGAGGGAAGAACUACCAUGCCGUGGGCUUGCACAUAUGGAAGAUUGAGAAGAAACAGUUUAACCUUCCAAAGACUCUCUCUGCUCCCCCAGUUUCAAGCACAGCAUGUCAUUCUUUCAACCGAGAGGUGCACCUUCAUUGUGACCUUUCUCCUGGGUACUACCUGGUUGUCCCCAGCACUUUUCUGAAUAAUGCUGAAGGAAACUUCCUGCUUCGGGUGUUCUCCAGUGGAAGAAUUUCUCUCAGUGAGAUCAAACUGCCGGUGCCUGAUAACACCAUCCAUGAAGAGUUUCCAGGAGGCGAGUGGGAGACGGCUCAUCUAGAGGGAUCUUGGAGAAAAGGACAGAAUGCAGGGGGCAGCAGGAAUUUCCCCUCCUUCCACACCAAUCCAUGCUUCCCUUUGUCUGUUCCUGCUGGGGUUGGGCAAAGAAGUGUCAAGGUCGCUCUCCGCCAGCAUUGCCCAGAUAACAAGUGCCGUCCAAUUGGGUUUCAUAUCUUCCAGGUUCCGAGUGACAACAACCGUGUGAAAAUGCCUUCCACGUCUUUCCUCCAGUUGGAGCCGGUGGUUAGCUGUGUGCCUCAUUGUUACUCCCAGGAAGUAAGUCAGAUGUGCCGACUGCCUUCUGGAAAUUAUGCCGUUGUCCCAUCGACAUACUUGCCUGACACCGAAGGCAGUUUCACAGUGAUCGUAGCAACGAAAAUAGACAGGAAGAGCAUUUGGAGCAAGGAGACUUUGGGACAAAGAUUACAAGAGGUCUCUUUCAAAGCUGUGAUGAAAAUGUAAUUUGGAAUCAGUGGGUUUGCUGCAGGAGAAAACAACAGAGACCUUUAGAAGGAAGCAAAGCUUGUUUAAAUUGGAAUUAUUCCAAAUGUAUGUUGGAUCUAGGAGCUUCCUUGGGUUAGAGGAACAUCCAUGACUCUUAGCCAACUUUUCUGUAGAAACAAACUGAGUGACAUCCCAGUUCAAGUUUGUCUCCCAUUUUUUAAAAAAUACACGCCUGAACUUCAACUGAUGUUGGAAUCUCCGGAGUCUCUUCCUGGUUUUGCCUGUAUAUCUGUUCCUUUCUGUUCUCAUUUCAGCCACCUUUAAAUAUCAGUGAAAAGUAUAUGUACACGUGCUGUGUUCAAAUUGGUUUUUGUUCUGUGGUGGUAAUAUUCUCACAGUGUGUGCAUGUGCUUGUAUUUUUGUAGCGAUCACUACUUAUGCAGAAGGAUAAGUUUACCCAUGAAAAUUGAUGGGAAAAGAAGGGAAGGUUGCAAAUUUCAGAAAGGAGUUUAACAAGCAAAAGUUGGAAUGUGCAACAAUUGGAUUUCUUGGGUAUCCAGAAGGUUUUGAAUUUGAACUCUUUAAAUUCUUUUCCUCCGCCCCAUCUUGAGUUUGAAACAGGAUGUUUUGAUCAUGCUGGAAGUGUUUUGAGCUCAAAAUGGAGUGCUUUGAGCUUGCAAGAAAGAUGGUUUGAGCUUGAAACACAUCCUAAAUGAUCAAAAGGUUCUGUUCAAAUGUGAGUCAGCUGUUUUCAGUUCAAGGAGAGACGUUCUACAUUCAAGAGAGUUCAGAAUUAAUGUGUUUUGCGCACCACCAGUGCUGGGUUCCUCUGUUCUGUAGGGCUCGAGAGCAAUAAAUAUAGGGCAUAAAUUUCGUUUUAGGUGCUUAUGUGACUUACAGACAUCGGUGUCUGCAUGAGGUGGUCAAGGCAGGGUGAGUGACACCAUGUGUGCCCUGAUGUCAUCAUGUAAAUGAUGUGAAUUCUGCAGUUUAAAUAAUUACAUAAUUUAUGAAGAACAUAAGUUGCAUCAUUUGCACAAUGACACCAUUGUGGCUUGUGCUGGACUCCUUAUCACAUCAUAAGUCUGCUCCAAACCAGGUUCAGCUUUAAACCAGGUUCAGUAAACCAGGUUCCGAGCCCGGAGACACUGGCUCUCCCGAUGCUUCUGAAUUGGUGCACUGUUUCUCCACUGGAUUCUCUGUUUUCAUUCUAUAUCGCAUUUUUCCUCUCGUGCUGUAGUUGCAAACAAACAUCCCUCACCAUGGAUGCUGAACGGCUACAAGGUGUAGCCAAGCAACACUUUGAGCAACUUAAAUUCCCCACAUGAACCUGACUGAAGCUGAAGACAGCAUGGCAGAUCUGCAGAGAAGGGCUUCUUUAUACCACUAAAUCUCCCUGAUUCUCUGUCCCCUCCCUAACCCUUUACAUUCAGAUGUUCCCCGAGAAAGCGAUUGCACAGAGAUGAGCUGAACUGAUGGGUGUUGGAAACACAGAAAGAAGAGUGUUAAUGGCUUCCCCUAGGUAGGAUGUGUUUCCUUGACCUGUUUUUGGCCUCCAUUCCAAUCCACCCCUCCGUUUGCUUUGCCUUCCUCUUCUCUCCGUCUUCCUUGUUUUUGUUACCUAAUGAAAGUCACAUUCACUGGUCAAAGAACAUCUGGAAAGAAAAAAUAAUGUUGUCCUUUUCCUCUCCCUGCCAAAAUACACUGCCCCAUUUUGCCCUUUGUUAUCCAGUUAAUUGAGACCGUGGGGGAGCUUAAAGUGCAGCCAUUCAAGGUACUUUAUUUGCAGAAAGGAUUGAACUCAAUGGGAUGGGGAAGAUUUUUAUGGCGUUUCUGGCAGGAAAAAAUGAGCAGGAGGGUUGGAAGCGUCUUGUAAAAGCGAUAGGAAGAAAUGUGAUUUCAGGCAAAAUUAAAUCAGAUUAUUAUUUUGCUCUUCUGCCUCUGCACGAAACGGUAGUUCAUCCAGUACUGGUUUUAUUUCCCCAAGUAUCUUCAGAGAGCGUUUUUUAAAAUGAGAUUUUGAAACCCUGUUUUUUUGUUUCCUUUUGUUUUUCAGUAAGUGAGGUGUUGUUGAAAUGUCUUUUGAAAUAAAAAAUGAA